AUGGCUGGCUAUGGAAAUUUGGAUGGUCUUCAAGGAAGAGGCCAAGAAUGGGCAGGGUCUCUGUCUCUGAUGGUGGUUGAGAAGAAAUCCAGAAAUUUCAAUAGAAAUCCACCCGCUGAGGACACGAUCUUCAGAAAGCCCAUGUCUUGGCUCAAGAACUUGGAGGAACCUGCAUAUGGACUCACUCUAAUUCACCAUGCUGCCAGGAACCAAAGGAAAAAUGCCCAGAGACAGACUGAAAUUCCAGAAAUUGGAUGGGACUCAGAGCCUUUGGCCUCCCCAAUCCAUGAUUACAGGUUGAACCAUUUUGGGGUCCACAGUGACAACACUCUCUACAAGGCUAAAACGUGGAGCUUAGGAGAUGAUCACAAAUAG